UGUGAGUGUGAAUGGUUGUUUGUCUAUAUGUGCCCUGUGAUUGGCUGGCGACCAGUCCAGGGUGUACCCCGCCUCUCGCCCGAAGACAGCUGGGAUAGGCUCCAGCACCCCCCGCGACCCUCGUGAGGAAAAGCGGUAGAAAAUGAAUGAAUGAAUGAAUGUCUUCCAACCCACAAGGGUUCCUUGUGAAAUCAGUUACUAAUGCGGUUCCCAGGUGGACUGAGGAACUGGUGGAGAAUGCCGGCGUCCAUGUCAUAUCCAUGCACCAAUGUGCUUUUAAUGCUUCCUCACAUUUAACCAUGGACUGAUUGUUGAUGCAGAUAUACUAGAAUAAUUGAAUGAAGGUUUAAAAACACUUCAGACACCACAGGUCGACGUUCACCAGAUGGACUCCUCACUUUGUUGUCUUUGUUGUCAUCUUGAAAAACACACCUGCCCACUUUAAUGACUGAAUGUUUUUGCUUCACGACUGGGAGGGAGAAGGUUAUUUGCUGGAGCGUCUUUUUGCCCUGGGCCGUAUGCAACACUUACAAAUAGAGCAACAUUGUGAGGAAGAGGAGGAGGCGGGCGGCUGAGAGGAUUAAGUCAUUUGCUGUUCAAGUGCGUAUCAUGUGCGUUAAUAUACACACAUAUGAUAUUUAAUGAUGCUUUUUUUGUGCAGUCAUGACUGUUUGUAAUGUGUGUAAUGCUAUUGUCGGUAGAACAUUUCACCCAUGUCUUGGAUUUCCUGGUUCUGCGCUCGGAGGUGGCCCUCCUCAGCCAUGUUGGUGCUCCUGGUGGGGCUGGUGAGCAGGCAGCCGGGCCUCAGGGUGGGUCUGCAGGUGGUUCACACGCUGACUUGUUCUCGGUGGGGAACGCCCGGCAACCGGGGGCUUUUCCAGGAUGGGGAUAUCGUCAUCGGCGGGCUCUUUCAUAUCCAUUACACGCCUCCCACCAUGGAGCACGACUUCACUGACGAGCCACGCUACAAAGAAUGCACUGUGUAAUUAUUAUUGUUGUACAUCUCUGCUAUUAGGUUCCUGCCGCGUCAAUCAUUCUCAUCUGAUCCAGUUGAGGCAGCUGACACCAAAUGAACGUUAUUAUCUUUCUACAUUGACUGACAUGUUCUUGUAGUUUAGAGCAUCUCCCAUUACAGUACAUUUACUCCAUGGUAUUCGCCGUGGAGGAAAUCAACCAGAACCCCACCCUGUUACCCGGCGUCAACCUGGGCUACCACAUCCGUGAUAGCUGCGCCCUGCACCCCUGGGCCACACAGGCCGCCCUCACGCUGGUGAACGGGGACGGCAGCAGCUGCGAGCCAGCGGAUGACAGCUCUGAAGAUGGGAAAGGUGUUCCCUUGAUCAUCGGCGGGGCUUCCUCCAAAACAGCCAUGAUCCUCUCCAGAGUCCUGAGCCCACUUUCUGUGCCUUUAAUCAGCUACCAGUCGAGCUGUCCUUGUUUGAGUGACAGGCGUCAGUUUCCAAACUUCUUCAGAACCAUGCCCAGCGACAUCUACCAAGCGCGGGCCAUCGCCAGGCUCGCCAUACACUUCAAGUGGACCUGGAUCGGCGCGGUGGUGGCGAACAAUGACUAUGGUCUGAUGGCCGUCAAGGUGUUCCAGGAGGAGACCCAGGAGUCGGGUGUGUGUCUGGCCUUUGUGGAGACCCUAACAAGGCAAAACAUUGCGAGGGACGCCAGGAGAGCAGCCCUUGCCAUUAAAGAAUCCACCGCCAAAGUCAUCCUUGUGUUCUCAUGGUACACAGAUGUGAGGGAGGUUCUUCUGCAACUGGCCGAGAUGAACGUGACUGACAGGCAGUUCCUCGCCAGUGAGGCUUGGAGCACCAGUGGUAACCUUCUCCAAAACCCUGUCACCUCAAAAGUAGCGAGUGGAGCCCUUGGCAUGGCUAUACGUAGCUCGCCUAUCGUCGGGUUUGAGAAUUAUGUCCGAAGUUUGACCCCAUCAAGUCGCCCCAAUGACGACUUCCUGAUGGAAUUCUGGGAACAAGAAUUUUCAUGUAGACCUCAGACUGUCGACUUCGCAUCGAUCUCACCACCAAGCACAAACACGUCCGAGCAGAGGACUUCGCUGCCCAUUUGCAGUGGAGAGGAGUCGCUAAAAGGGGUGCAUAACCUCUUUACCGACACCUCCCAGCUACGACAGGCCUACAACGUCUAUCUGGCUGUUUACGCUGCAGCUCACGCCAUCCAUAACCACCUCGCUUGCCCCAGCACGACCUCCGGGAAUAGCGGCUCCACCUGCUCCUCCACCAAACAUGUCAAACCUGCAGAGCUGUUGCAGCACUUGAACGACGUCAACUUCACCACACCGCAGGGGGAACGCCUUUAUUUCCAAGGGAGUGACGUACCGGCAAAAUACGACCUGGUCAACUGGCAGAAAACCCCCGACGGCUCCCUAAAACUUGUCUUGAUCGGCCACGUAGACGGAUAUGACGUCCAUCUGAACGACACGGAUGUCCAGUGGAGCACAGGAUCCUUUCAGGUGCCUACAUCAGUGUGCAGUGACAGCUGCCCUCCUGGCACCAGGGUGGCCAGCAGGAAAGGAGAACCUCUUUGCUGCUUUGACUGCAUCCCGUGUGCUGAUGGGGAGAUCAGCAAUGCAACCGGUUCACCCAACUGUGAACACUGUCCGGUGGAGUUCUGGUCCAAUGCGGGGAGAACAGCCUGCAUACCUCGCCAUCUGGACUUCCUGUCCUUCAAUGAGACCUUGGGCAUCACCCUCACCACAGUAGCUGUGUCUGGCACCAUGGUCACCACUGCUGUCUUUGUGGUUUUCCUCUACUACAGACACACACCAGUGGUCCGAGCUAACAAUUGCGAGCUGAGUUUCCUGCUUCUCUUGUCACUUAAACUCUGCUUCCUGUGCUCGCUGCUCUUCAUCGGUCCUCCAUCAGUGUGGGCUUGUCGCUUCCAGCAGGCCGCCUUCGGCAUCAGUUUUGUACUCAGUGUGUCCUGCCUCCAAGUGAAAACCAUAGUGGUUCUGGCCGCUUUCCGCUCAGCCCGGCCCGGCACCGAAGCCUUGAUGAAGUGGUUCGGCCCAGGCCAACAGAGAGGAAGCGUGUGUGUGUUUACUUCCAUACAGAUCGUCAUCUGCAUUAUUUGGCUAUCACUCAGCCCCCCUGAACCCAAACCUGACUUUGACACCCCCGGGUUAAAAGUCACUCUGAAAUGUGCCAUGGACUCUGUGGUGGGCUUCUCUCUGGUUCUGGGCUACAUCGGUCUCCUGGCCUGCACUUGUCUCCUCCUGGCCUUCCUUGCCAGAAACCUUCCAGACAACUUCAACGAGGCCAAGCUGAUCACCUUCAGCAUGAUCAUCUUUUGUGCCGUCUGGGUGGCUUUUGUUCCCGCUUACAUCAGCUCGCCCGGGAAGUAUGCAGUCGCCGUGGAGAUAUUUGCAAUCCUGGCCUCCAGUUAUGGCUUACUAUUCUGUAUUUUUGCUCCGAAGUGUUUUAUUAUACUUUUCCGACCUGAGAGAAACACUAAAAAACACAUGAUGGCCAGGUAGCAGAUUGUUGUAACUUAUAGUAUACGUGUCAUAUAUGACAAAUACAGUCCUUUCCACAAGUGAAUUUCCACAAGGAAUGGAAUAUUUCCAUAAUAAGAGCACCAAAAAAAUUAGUUUUUAACAUUAUUAGAGCUCUGUAGACAUGAAAUAACACCCCUACAACCACCUUUACACUUGUAUUACCUAAUAUGUAGACAUAAUAAUCAACAAUAAUCCAUUUCGAGCAUAAAUAUAAGAUGCUAGUAUUGACAGCUCUUGCGGUGACUAUUUAUCACGGUUAACUGGUUCAAGACCUGACUGCCAUAAGUGAAUUUCCACAAGGAAUGGAAUAUUUCCAUAAUAAGAGCACCAAAAAAAAAGUUUUUAACAUUAUUAGAGCUCUGUAGACAUGAAAUAACACCCCUACAACCACCUUUACACUUGUA